UCGUGAACUUUGAUUGGUCCACGAAAUCAAAACCCCACCUUCGUCAACGCUCGGGAGAGCCCACCACAGAAACGCUGCCGUUUUGCUCAGCGUCCCCUCAACUUCAGUUCCAGUAGCAGAGCAGAGCCCUUCUAUUUCCUUCGUCUCACUCAAUUCUCUUCUUCUUCUUCUUCUUCUUCUUCUUCUUCUUCUCGAGCCUCAGCAGUUUGAAUGAGAAAAUGUGAGUAAAAUUUCCUUUUCAAUUCGACCCUCAAUUCCUGAAAUUGGGGUUUUCUAAUUCUGUUUUCAGUUUCUUCCCCCACUUUGAUUCAUCAAAAUUUCACUACCCUCCCUGUUCCUCAAGUGUUUUCUCAACUUUGGAACAUACCAUGGACGCCACCAUUGACUUCUCUCACAAUAGCUACGCUACUCCUAAUGGACUUUAUUAUGGGAGACGUAAGAGACUAAAAUUAUCUAGUGAUGGAAAAGAUCUUUCUAGCAGUGCCACAUUUUCUGCCCAAAAAAGUGACACACCGAGACAAAACAAGAUGAAUAACUCAGCAAAAGUAAUUGAUUACUCAGAUCCAUUUGCCAUUAAUAAUUUGAUCGAAGGUUUGGAUUGUGGUCAGUUUGGAAGUGUCACUAAAGAGAUAGAAGCCCUUGUUUCCCGUAAGAUGCAAGUUCUCAGUCCUUACAUUGUCAAGUAUCCUACACUAUCAAGUAUGUUAUUUGAUCUGGGGAGAAGUAGAGAGUGUGAAGAAGCAAUGAACAAUCAAGCUUCGCAGUUGGUUCAUAACCUCAUAGAUUUGGAGGAUGAUUCUGCUAUUGAUGUUUGUUCCAACAAUGUUGAGAAAUCACGAUUACCUAUUGUAAUUAUUGAUUCUGAUGAGGAAGAUAGCAAAGAACAGAGGGUUAUACAUCCUUUUCAAGAGGUUGUGCUGCCUAGACCACCGGGACAAAGUUUGUUCAAGGACAUAGCACUUGUGGAUCACCGAACUUCCCGGGAUCGCCGAGCUUCAAAUGGGGAGGAAGCAACUCCUAAUGGUGAAAGUGGAACUAUUAAUAAGGACAAAGGGGUUUACGUAGGUGUAGAAGAGGAUGAGGAUGGGGUCAGCGAACAAGCUAACAGUGAGGACGAUGGCCUCGGAGAUAUUUGGAACGAUAUGCAAAUGGCAUUAGAAUGUUCUAAGGACUUGGAUGCCGCUGUAGAUUCAUCAUCUAACCAGCCAACUACGGAUGAUGUGGACUGUGAUCAUUCUUUUCUCUUGAAGGAUGAUCUUGGUUAUGUCUGUCGCAUUUGUGGAGUUAUUGACAGAGGAAUCGAGACCAUUUUUGAGUUUCAGUACUACAAGGGUAAGAAGAGCACAAGAACAUACAUAUCUGAAUCUCGCAACAAAGAUUCGGGCAAUAUAGUUGGAGUUAAAAUUUCAGAAGAUGAUUUGACCGUAACUGAAAUUUCUGCACACCCUAGGCAUAUGAAGCAAAUGAAACCUCAUCAAAUUGAGGGUUUCAAUUUUCUUAUAAGCAACUUGGUUAGUGACAACCCAGGAGGCUGCAUUUUGGCCCACGCUCCCGGAUCUGGAAAAACAUUUAUGAUAAUCAGUUUCAUGCAAAGUUUUUUAGCUAAGUAUCCACAGGCUAGACCAUUGGUUGUACUUCCCAAAGGAAUCUUGGCUACAUGGAAAAAGGAGUUUCAGAUUUGGCAAGUGGAAGACAUUCCACUUUAUGAUUUCUAUUCUGUUAAAGCAGAUAAUAGGGCUCAACAGCUGACAGUACUGAAUCAGUGGGUCGAGCACAAGAGCAUUCUGUUCUUAGGAUACAAACAAUUUUCCACAAUCGUCUGCGACGUUGAGACCAGUGCUGCAUCAACUGCAUGUCAAAAUAUAUUGCUCCAGGUUCCAACAAUUCUUAUCCUAGAUGAGGGGCAUACACCAAGAAAUGAGAACACUGAUACUUUGCAAACUCUUGCUAAAGUUAGAACUCCACGAAAAGUGGUUCUUUCAGGAACCCUAUAUCAAAAUCAUGUAAAAGAGGUAUUCAAUAUAGUGAAUCUUGUUCGACCAAAGUUUAUGAGAUCAGAAACUUCUCGACCUAUUAUCAAACGUAUCAUGUCUAGAGUAGAUAUACCUGGUGCGAGGAAGCAGUUCAAAGCUGGUGUGGAUGCUGCAUUUUAUGAUCUGGUGGAACAUACGCUUCAGAAGGAUACAGACUUUAGGAGGAAAGUGAGUGUCAUCCAUGAUUUACGUGAGAUGACCAGCAAGAUUCUACAUUAUUAUAAAGGAGAUUUUCUUGAUGAGCUCCCUGGACUGGUUGACUUCACUGUGGUAUUAAAUCUCACCUCUAAACAGAAGCAUGAAGGUGAAAAGGUCAAAAAGUUUAACAGGAAGUUCAAAAUAAGCUCUGCUGGUAGUGCUGUUUAUUUGCAUCCCAAGUUAAAUGUUUUUUCAGUUAAUGCUACUGUUACGGAUGAUAAAAUAGAUGAAGUCAUUGAUAAGAUGGAUGUUAGAGAUGGAGUGAAGACGAAAUUCUUUCUUAAUAUGCUGAAUCUGUGCGCUACUACUGGGGAGAAGCUACUGGUUUUCAGCCAGUACCUUCUUCCUUUGAAAUUCAUGGAGAGAUUGGUUGUGCAGAAGAAGGGUUGGAGUCCAGGAAGAGAAACCUUUAUGAUAUCUGGUGAAACAACUCCAGAGCAACGGGAAUGGUCGAUGGAACGUUUCAACAACUCGCCUGAUGCCCGAGUCUUCUUUGGCUCCAUUAAGGCUUGUGGGGAGGGCAUAUCUUUGGUAGGGGCAUCACGUAUCAUCAUCUUGGAUGUUCAUCUCAAUCCCUCAGUGACUCGCCAGGCAAUUGGUCGUGCAUUCCGUCCCGGUCAAACAAAGAAAGUCUUUGCAUAUAGAUUGGUGGCUGGCGAUUCACCUGAAGAGGGAGAUCACAGUACUUGUUUCAAGAAGGAAUUGAUUGCAAAGAUGUGGUUUGAAUGGAACGAGUAUUGUGGCUAUCAUGACUUUGAAGUAGAAACUGUUGAUGUGAAACAAUGCGGCGAUAAUUUUCUAGAAACCCCACUUCUAGGACAAGACGUCAAAGUUCUGUACAGAAGGUAGAAGACCCUGCAAUAUAAUUGUACAGAUGAGGCAAAGGGAAUUAUUAUCUAUCUCUGUCUCAUCCACUCUUCAUCGGACCAUUUUGCUCCUAUAACCUGUCCAUGGAAUUCUUUACCUUUUUCUUUCUUUUUGUAAAGAGCAUAGGCAGAUAGCCAAAUGGUGUUAGUUGACGUUCUUUCUUGACUUGUAUAGCAUGACUACUGCCUUUUGCCUGAAUAUUGUUCCACAGUAAAUGGAGUUUGUGAUACUCAGCUUCUACAGACCACUGAUGAAAGUUUUUGGGUAACGAAGCUUUUGGUACAGUUAUUUUGAGUACAA